UCAUGUACAAGAGAGCUCUUCCACCAGCUCAUUAUUCACUGAAGAUACAAUCAUUUUCGUUAUUAUCAAAAUCCAAUGUGGACAAGUAUGACUCCGGUGUUUUUGAAGUCGGGGGAUACAAAUGGAGCCUAUCUCUUUACCCUAACGGAGACAAGGACAAUAACGGGUCGGGAUUUGUUUCCUUCUAUUUGUCAAUAGAAGAGACAGAUAAGCUUCCUCACGGUUGGGAGGUCGACGUCAACUACAAGCUUUUCGUGUAUGACAAGAUACGAGAUGUGUACUUGACCAUCCAAGAUGCUGAUGGGGCAGUGAGGAGCUUCCAUGACUUGAAGACCCAAUGGGGGUUUGCUCAGUUUCUGUCCUUGGAAACAUUCAAAGAGGCUUCAAAUGGAUACCUUGUGGGGGACUCUUGUAUAUCUGGGGCUGAGGUCUUUGUCAUCAAAUCUACUGGCAAAUGGGAGUCUCUUAGCAUGAUCAAAGACCCGCUGAACCUGCCAUUCACUUGGAAUAUCAAAAACUUCUCCAAAUUGGACAAGAGCGUUUACUAUUCCGACGCCUUCCCCAUUGGAGAGAGUAGUUGGAAGCUCCAAGUGUAUCCCAAUGGUUUUGGGCCCAAGAAAGGGAAGUCAUUAUCUGUUUACUUGCUGUUAGUUGGUAAUAAAGACCUUCCUCCCAAGAGAAGAGUAUACCGCGAGUGCAAUUUGCGCGUAUUGGACCAGCUGAAUGAUAACCAUAUGGAGAAGAAAAGUAGCCACUGGGUCCAAAAAUCAGAUGGUUCCACUGGUUUCCAUGACUUCAUGUCCUUGGAGGAUCUCCAUAAGCCAUCGAAAGGGUUCAUUUAUAAUGAUGUCCUGAUUGUUGAAGUCCAGAUCCUCGUGGUGUCGGUCGCCAAGGUUGUAGGAGUUUGACGGCUCUACCCUCAUAUUGCUCCCUUCGAUGUUGUCAUAAGUUCCUCGAGAUCAAUUUCUAUCGACCAGUUUGUCAAUGCAUUGUUCCCCCAAGUUUGGUUUCUCCCUCUAUUCGAUGGAGUGGAAUCCCGCAAAUUGAUGCGUUCAUCAUUUAGUUUAUUGUACUAGAGCCAGUAAAGAAUCUUACGAGUUCAAUUCUCCAACUUU